UCCUGCUGCGAUCAACUCAGAAUUACCCUCAUACUAUAUUACAAAAGGAAUCCCUCUGAGCAUUAGAUUACACAGAACAGCAACCCCUGGGAAAAUGUAGGUAAAAUAUCUCCUCAUAUCAGUGAUAGUGAUGUGAGUCAGGUACUUACAGCCCAGCUUGGCUCAUAUUAAGGAGCACUGGAUAACUGAUUUACAGCCUGUUUUACAGCCCCUGGUUGAUGUUUAGCAGAACUUGCCUUGGCUUUAAUACUUAUGCAGCAACUAUAAGAAGCUCAGAUGAGCCGAAGUUACGUCCUGCAGAACUUUCUUUUCCCUGUCAGUGUUUUCUCAGCCUCUGAAAAGUCUUUAAAGAACUCUGACUCCCUCUGGGGACACAGAAACUGGAACUGCACCCUGUAACUGAGAAGCCAAGAGCCGUGUACUGUCAGAGAGAGCAGGGGGAAGGCAGAGAGCAGGAGGGAAAGGGGAGAAUUCUCCAGAAAAGGACAGUAUGGAGGUGACACAAGCUACUACUAAUGGAACUACUGCUCUAUAUAAUCCAAUCUGUACUACCAGACAAGCUCCAUACUCCUAUCAAAUCAUUGAAAAGCUUGAUAUCACCGGAAUAUUGCUGUUUGCUAUUUUAACAACUAUGACAGCAGUCACAACACUGGUAUUCUUAGAAGAAGCAUACUACAUGUACAACAAAAUACCUGGCGCCAAAAAGACAGUUAUCAUCUGGGUAAAUGCCGCUGCUCCGAUAAUUGCUAUAACAUCCUGUGUUGGGAUGUGGAUUCCUAGGAGUACAAUGUUUACAGACUUUACUGCCGCUGUGUUUCUGGCUGUGCUCAUCCACCAGUUUCAGAUGAUGCUUGUGAAGGAGUGCGGUGGUAGGAGAGAAUUCCUCAGGAAGUUUGCACAAACAAAACUCGCUCUCAGCACCGGUCCAUUCUGCUGUUGCUGUUUGUGCCUGCCACUGAAGGAUGUAAACAGUCGAUCUUUACUUAUCCUGAAGUUGGGAACUUUUCAAUUUGCAGUCCUGAGACCAAUACUCAUGUUUUUGGCAGUUGUCCUUUGGACUAAUGGAACUUACACCAUAGGCGAUUCACGUGCAGAGUCAGCUACAAUCUGGAUCAAUGUGACUGUUGGUGUGAUUACCAUUACUGCACUUUGGGCAGUGGGAAUUAUGUUUAACCAUGUCAGACCAUCCUUAACAGAUAAGAAUAUUAUUCCAAAAUUUGCGGCUUACCAGUUUAUUGUUAUUCUGAGCCAGCUACAAACGUCAAUCAUCAACAUUCUUGGCACCACUGGUGUGAUAUCCUGUGUUCCACCGCUUCCCGGCCCAUCCAGAGCAUCUUACAUGAAUCAGCAGCUCCUGAUCAUGGAAAUGUUCAUCACUACUAUGCUCUGCCGAAUGCUGUAUCGAAGGAGAUAUGAGGAGCAGUCUAUUGACAAAGAGGCAGCUAAAGAUAAUCUGCAUAACAGCGCAAUGUGUCUCAAUGGGAAAGCAGCAGAUGAUGGCCUACUAAAGGCUUAGAGGAUGCACUAGCUGAAAGCAAUAGAACCUCAAACUUUUCUCACUUGAUGUAUUGAGAAACCAUUCCACCUUUUUGAACUUAUAUUGGAUGGAUUAUAAAUACAUCUCUAUAAAUAUAUAUAUAUAUAUAUUCUUGUAUAUAAUAGUCAGUACAAUAGAUAGAUAUAGAUAUAUUUUCUACAUUUUCACUUUCAUCUCUGUCUAACAAUUCAGUGUAAUGAACGCAAGAGUCAUAUCAGGGCAAUGGCACCUAACAUCGGAGUUCAAAUCAAUUCUGUAUUUUGCAGUGGGAAUAAUCUAGACCAGUUGUUCUCAAACUGUGGUUCCUAACCCCAAAGUGAGUCACGACUAUCUCAGCAUGGGGUCGCAACUCCAUAUUGCUGACCGUCAGGUUGAUGACUUCUCUGAUCUCUCAGUCAGUCUCAAGGAGUCUGAAAAUCAGCUGAAUUGUCUGUUACUUUAGACUCCCAGCAUCACUUACUUAGAGAUCUGAAGAGUCAUCCGGCAUCUCUGCCCCCACCCUAGAGCUCUGCCUCUCAUGUCCCACCGAGCAGCCGCUGUUGAUGCAGCUGCUGCAACCAGCUGGCUGCACUCCUGGCUCCCUCAUCCACAUGCAGAUGUUCUUAGGGGGCACACAGCUAGCCGCAAGGGUGCACCUGUGUCCUGGGGUUUCAGAGUUGUAGGAAACUUGCAGAUGAAACAGGCAGCCAGCAGUGGACCGCAGUCAGACUCAGAGGAGCCAGCUCUCAGCGAGUCUGUGAAGAACCCCUUGUAUGUAAGUGCAGCAUUGGGGGGUCCGGGAAGAAACGCAGGGGAGCAUGAGGGGAAAAGAGGGGAGCACUGAGCACAGACUUUAUGGACUGUGUCUGUGGAUGUGGGGGAACAGACGAGCUGUGUAGGAUGUGGAGUGGGACAAGGAAAAACUAAUUAAUUAAACACCAACUGCCUCUCCCUAGUCACUCUCUGCCACCCACUGCCUCCAUCUUCCAUCCCCAUCACCCUGCCACCCAUUGCUAUCUUAUAUUACCCCCCUGCCAUCUUCUGUCACCUACUGACCCCCCACCACCCUAUGUCUCCCCCUGUCACCCUCUGCCUCUACGUUGUCAUCCCCUAUCACCUGCUGCAUUUCCCCUCUCCCCCACUGCCAUCCUUGUCACCCACUGCCUCUCCAUCAUCCUCUGCAUCUCCAUGUUGCCACUGCCUCAACCUGUUUCCGACUGCAAUACUCUGCAUAUCCCUGGCCCCCCUGUGAACUUCUGCCAUCCCACGCUCUGCCUCCCCAUUAUCCUGUGCCUCCCUCUGCCUCCCCCAUAAUCACCCACUGCCUCUGUCUAGUCACCCACCCAUCAACCCUGUCAUCCUCUACCCCCUGUCACCUACUGCCUCUCCUUAGUCACCCUCUGCCACCUUCUGUCUCUCAGUCACUGUCUGCCUCCCAGUCACCAUCUGCCUCUACCUGCCACCCUCUGCAUCUCCCUGCCAGCCAAUGCCUCAACCUCUCUUCCACUGCCACCCCCUCCCUCUCUUUGCCACCCUCAGCCUUCCCAUCACCCUCUGCCAUCCAGUGUCUCUCCCUGUCACUCACUGUCUCGCCUGGCUCGUCCCUGUGAUUGUGUAAGAAAUGAAGUGAUCACAUUAGCAGUCACUUCACUUCUGUUUUGUGCCUCCGCAAUGCUGCAGUGCAUGUGCAGUCUGCUGACCAUACAUGUGUGACAGCCAUUCUGCAGUAACUUGCCGGGUUCCUGUAAUAAUUUUUAUUGUCUGAUGGGGUUCUCAGAGCAAAAUAAUUUGAGAACCCCUGUUGUAGACUUUCCCACUUGUGUGCUGUCCAUAUAGGUGUCCUACUAAUGUAAUAGCUACAGUCUAGUGGUUGUUGAUAGAUUGUAUUAUUUAUUUUUGUGAACAAAGCAAUUUCAUUAUCGAUACUAUGCAUAAAAUCUUCCUCAAAAUUGUCUUACUGCAACCUGAUAUACCUUGGUGUUAAAUAUGAGUCAAAAGUAAGGUAUAAUAGCAUUACCUAUACUGUUUUCUAAAUAAUAGUCUGUUUCAUAUAUAGCUUCAUGUAGGUAUGCCAAUUCUCAAACUGAGCAUUCAUUGAUUGCAUUUAUUGGACACAGUAAACAUUGGAUAAUAUACACCUGAAAGUUCAAAUAAAUUAUGGAUGUAGCGGUAAUAGUUAUGUAAUAGAACAGAAAGUCAUACUGUACUAUGAAGUAUUAGACAAAGUGGUCAGCCAUCCAUUAUCCAUCUUUAAUAUAUUAUAGCUACCACAUGUAUCUAUGUACAGUAUGUAUGUCUGUUUUUAAAAUUAGUAUUAAAUCACCAUUGUAAAAAAUGCUACAGAAUUACUGUCCACCCGAUUACAUAUGUAUUAAAGAAAAGCAAACCAUACAUCUAAAUUUUAAAACCAUAUUUUAUUGAUUUUUUUUCUAUGCCAAUAUACCAUACAAAAACGAGAAAUUAUAACACAUGAAAACAUUUUAAUAAAAUA